AUGAAAGAGUGCAAGAUGGCAGAGUGCAAGAUGGCUGAGUGCAAGAUUAAAGAGUGCAAGAUGGCAGAGUGCAAGAUAGCAGAGUGCAAGAUGGCAGAGUGCAAGAUUACAGAGUGCAAGAUUACAGAGUGCAAGAUGGCAGAGUGCAAGAUGACAGAGUGCAAGAUGACAGAGUGCAAGAUGGCAGAGUGCAAGAUGACAGAGUGCAAGAUGGCAGAGUGCAAGAUUACAGAGUGCAAGAUAGCAGAGUGCAAGAUGGCAGAGUGCAAGAUGGCAGAGUGCAAGAUGACAGAGUGCAAGAUGGCAGAGUGUAAGAUGGCAGAGUGCAAGAUGGCAGAGUGCAAGAUGGCAGAGUGCAAGAUGGCAGAGUGCAAGAUUACAGAGUGCAAGAUGGCAGAGUGCAAGAUAGCAGAGUGCAAGAUAGCAGAGAGCAAGAUGGCAGAGUGCAAGAUGGCAGAGUGCAAGAUUGCAGAGUGCAAGAUGGCAGAGUGCAAGAUAGCAGAGUGCAAGAUGGCAGAGUGCAAGAUGGCAGAGUGCAAGAUAGCAGAGUGCAAGAUGGCAGAGUGCAAGAUGACAGUGCAAGAUGGCAGAGUGCAAGAUAGCAGAGUGCAAGAUUAA